CAAGCUCAAAAGGGCUGCUUUAUUGAUUUAUUGUCGAUCGCUGUUCGCGGUUGUUUUGGUGUAAAACUAUGAAUGACGACGAAGGAAUCGACUUUCGUAAACUUGAAAAGGAGCUUGCUUUAGCUGUGGAAGCGGACGAAAAAUAUCUUCGUGAGAACGAUGCGAAAUUUCGAGCUGUGAACCAGAGAGUUGGUAGCUAUGAAGAGUUUCGAGACAUUGUCAGCGCAGCUCAUUUGAAACCUUUGGAGAGAAAAGAUAUUACAGGUGAAAAUACACGCAAACAACCCUGGAAUCCACAUGCUCAAGGCAAGUCACAGACAGUGAUAGCAACACCAACAGCACAAAGUGCCACAUUGUCUACUUCAUCAAAAAAUCCUAAAACUGCUCAUGAAUUCACCAAAAUUUGGAAACGUUACUGCAAAACAGAAGAGGAAAAAUACCAACUUUUGUUAAAACUUGGAGGCAAUGAGCUCAGAACAAUUUUCAAGGGAGAGAUAAGUAUGGGGCUAUUAGGAGAAUUUCUCCUGAUUCUUAACAAUUGUCUGAACGAAAAGGACUCUAGUGAUAUUUUUAACAUCCUAACAGGACUUUCUAAGACAAACAGAUUUGAUCUUUCUCUAAAGUUUCUUGGGAAGGAGGAAAAAAAUGCAGCAUCUAGUCUCAUCAAAAGACUGGAAGAUGUGAUCUCCAGUAGAGAAACUUUGGACAAAGAAGGUGAAGAAGAAAGGAGAAAAGACUCAAGAAUACUUUUAGAGCUGAGUGAAAUAUAUGGCAUUACCAUGGCAAGUUGAUCAGCAGCAUUCACUUUCAAAGCUCUAUAAACUAAGACUCCUCCCUGUAACUGGAGGCACAUUAAAAGUCUCUAUUCACCAUAAGGUUAUUUAAUGUUUGUUCAUGGAACUUGAAAUAAGACAUAUUUUUUGUAACACUUUGCAGAAAAAAACUGAGGGUGCUUCCAAUCAGUAAAUGCUGAAUUCUGCACAACUUUAGCCCAAUGUCUCAAUCAGAGUUAUGCUUCUGCUGUGCUAUAGUCUAACCUAAAUUUGUAAUUGCAAUUAAGUUUGGCAUGCUGGAAGCACAAUGUCUGAACUGGGCUCUAAAGAAAUACAGUUGAACCUGUAUUGGGUGAGACAAUGUUAAGUGGUUACCCUGUGCUAAGCAGUUGCAGUUGUCAGUCCCAAAAUUCUGUGCAGUAAAAUGCAGUUUAAUGGAGUAAACAUUGCUGCUGACUACUGAGAGCAUUAGCACUCUAUAGCAGUCAGUGGUUUUUGCAUAUGCGCAUUCAUUGGAA